GAUCCAAUCUCCAGCCAGUCAGCCGGCCCGAUCCCCCGGCCUUGCACGCGUCCGCUCCAUUCGCUCGUCGCGCGUCGCCCACGGCGCCUGCGACCGUCCGCGCGACAUGACCCAGUGCCGUGAUACGUUAUGAGCAGAGUCCCCAACAUGGAGGCCGCGGCCGGCUGCGCGGAGUGCUGCGAGCAGGACCGCUCGCGGCUGCUGGGCGCGCCCGGGCCCGCGCCCGCCGUGGCGCCCGCCGGGGCACCCGCCGGCAACAUGCGCAAGGUGAAGAGCUUCAGCGACACGCACCGCCUGCGGGACGCGGGCGCGGCCUCGGGCGCCGCGUCCGCGCGCUGCCUGCGCCCCUACGAGCAGGUCACCCCCUACCCGGAGCCCUCGGAGUGCGGCACCCACCAGUACGCGCCGUCCGUGCGCUCGCUCGCCUCCAUCGGCAUGGGCUGCACCGACGGCCGCAAGAUGGUCAUCCGCCGCGUGCCCACCUCGCCCACGGAGCUGUUCCAUCUAGUCCGCCCUCCUACCCCCCCGGACGAGGAGACGGGCUCGCACGAGAGCGACUGCGACGAGGAGGAAGAAGACGCGGAGACGGUGCACCUCAAGCCGCGCCGCCCCUUCUGGGCCAACAAGAUCCAGUUCGUGCUGGCCUGCGUCGGCUACUCCGUGGGGCUCGGCAACGUGUGGCGGUUCCCUUACUUGUGCUAUAAGAGCGGCGGCGGUGCGUUCCUGAUCCCGUACUUCAUAAUCCUGGUGGUGUGCGGCGUGCCCAUGCUGUUCAUGGAGCUGGCCAUCGGGCAGUACACGGCGCACGGGCCCAUCGGCGCGCUCUCGCAGAUCUGCCCGCUCUUCACAGGUGCAGGAUUGGCUAGCGUGGUGAUCUCAUUUUUAAUGUCCACGUAUUAUGCUGUAAUCAUAGCAUGGGCCAUCUAUUACUUCUUCACGUCCUUCAAGUCGGAGGUUCCGUGGGCGAGCUGCUCCAACCGCUGGAACACGGCGCAGUGCUGGGUGCCGCGCCACAACCACACGCGGCCCAACGGCUCGCAGACACCCACCGAACAGUUCUUCGAAAAGAAAGUGCUGUCGAUGAGCGACGGCAUAGAGUUCCCGGGCGGCAUGCGGUGGGAGCUCGCGGCCUGCCUGAUCUGCGCCUGGGUGCUGGUCUACUUCGCCCUCUGGAAGAGCAUCAAGUCAUCCGCCAAAGUGCGCUACAUCACGACGACACUGCCCUUCCUUCUCAUCAUAGUGUUCCUCGGCCGCUCCCUGACGCUGGACGGCGCGGAUGUCGGCUUGAGGUUCUUCUUCAAGCCGGACUGGGAGCUGCUGAAGCAGUCCCGGCCGUGGGUGAACGCGGCGUCGCAGAUCUUCAACUCGAUCGGCAUCGCGUUCGGGUCCAUGAUCAUGUUCGCGUCGUACAACCGCUUCGACAACAACUUCCUGCACGACACGCUGGCCGUGUCGCUCGUCAACGCCGUCACCAGCCUCAUCGUGGGCAUCUUCACCUUCGCCACCAUCGGGAACAUCGCCUUCGAGCAGAACACCUCCGUCAAGGAUGUUAUUGCCGAUAGUCCAGGAUUAUUAUUCGUGGUUUAUCCGCAAGCGAUCGCGAAGAUGCCGGCAUCACAAUUAUGGGCGGUGUUGUUCUUCUUUAUGUUUCUUUGUCUUGGACUUAAUAGUCAGUUCGCGAUAGUGGAGGUGGUGGUGACGUCGAUCCAGGACGGGUUCCCGGACAUGAUCCGGCGGCGGCUGGUGUACCACGAGCUGCUGGUGCUGCUGGUGUGCGUGGUCUCGUUCCUCUGCGGGCUCCCGCACAUCAUCCACAGCGGGAUCUACGUGUUCCAGCUCAUGGACUACUACGCGGCGUCGCUCAGCAUCACCUACCUCGCGUUCUUCGAAGUCGUCGCCAUCGCCUGGUUCUACGGCGUCGGCCGGCUCUCCAAGAACAUCAAGGAGAUGACAGGUCGCGCGCCGAACCUCUACUUCCGCAUGUGCUGGCUGGUGUGCUCCCCGGCGCUGCUGCUGGCGCUGUGGGUGGCCAGCCUCGUGGACUACACGCCGCCCAGCUACCGCCAGUACCAGUACCCGCCGUGGGCGCAGGCGCUGGGCUGGAUCCUGGCUUCGUUGUCGCUGUUAUGUAUACCCGUGUAUGCUGUGGCCGUGGUGAUACGCUCCCCGGGAGACACGCUGGGAGAGAAAUUCCGCAACUCGAUCCGUCCGACGUCGAUGUGCGAGUGCGGCGUGGCGGGCUGCGACGCGUGCUGCUCCGACUCGGAGGCCGUCGACGACAAGCCCACGCUGCGCUAGUCUCCAACUCCACUGCCGCACUGACGCCACUAGCCGACCAAUGCAAUAACGAGACGAGCCCCGAAGUUGAUAGGGGAGAUUUGAAAUUGGAACGGCAUUUGAUUGGCGAUCGGAGUAGCUAUGAAUCAAAGGGCAUAGGAAUAGGUGUAACAAUUUUGAGCGAGUAGAACGACUCUAUUAUGUCCGGGGAUUAACAAUACUCCAAGAAAAAGUCAGUGCUCUAAGUUAGUGCAGUGAGAAUUAACAACACAUAUUCCAGUUUAAUGGCUGCAGAGUUGUAUUAUAGAUGUUGCACCAACUUGAUAUAGAUCGCGGUUCGAAACCCGGUCGUGUGUUGCGAAAUAGUUUGUUUAAUUACUUGCAAUAACUUGUGGCCAGCCCAAGUAGGUAACCUACUUGAGCCCACACCUUAGAAUGUGGUUCUCUGUGGAACUCGAGAAAAGCUACAAUUAUAAUAUUAUUAAUCCAUCAGUUAUGAUUAUCACAUCCACAUUUCCUUGCCCAACACAUAAGUAUAUAAAUGACUAGUACUUUAUUACCUACAUUAAUCUAAAAACCCAGAUAAGCUGUUCAAAAGUAAUAUUGGUAGGUAUUAGCAAGAAUACUUGUGAAUAGGUAGAUAUCUACUUAUGUUUUUGCCUGUGUGAUUUUUAUCUAGGUCUUACAGUUUAGAUGUUUUAAAAUUGCAGUCUAAUAGAGCUACAAAAACCAGUUCAAAGUACAAACAGAUAAAAUGUCAUCAUUUCUUUAAAAUUAAUUGUUACCAGCUUUUUUUUCCAGUACAACCAAUGUGAGUUGUUCUUUUAGUUUAUAUUGAAAAUUUUAAAAAGUACAUUUAUGAUGAAUAAGUACAUUCCAUAAAAUAAACUGCAUAAAUUAUAGCUAAGUUUAUUGAUUUUAGGUCUAAUUAAUUACAAACAUUCCAGUUCUACUCAUAUUUAAUAAUAUUAUUAAGAUUUGACUACUUCUUAGUUUGUAAGGCUUAAUUAAAUAAGAGUAAUGUGAUUAUUUAUUUUCUUGGACUUGUGUGUUACUAAAGUUAAGAACUGUUACCUCAAGUAAAUAAUGCCUCAUGUUUGAUUACCAACAAUGUACAUUAAAGUACAUAAUUAAAAAUAUAUAAUAAAUAUAUUUAUGUACCAAGUACAAGCCCAUGUGAGCCCCCAGUUACAAAGACCCAUGAAUAUUGAAAAUAUAAUUAUAAUUAUUUCAAAACCAA